AUGUUUAAUUCAUAAAAAGUUUAGAUUUGUUAACUUCACGAAUCUUAAAUUUGUAUAGGGUUUUGCGUUUCCAUAAAUUGUUCUUCAAAUUCUAUCUAUUGUUAAAAAUGUUUAGAACAAUUCCAUGAGGAUCAUAUAGACAGUUGCAGAGAAUUUGGACAAAUAACCAAAGAUUUAUCAAAUUCCAUCAAAUAAAAAGAGGAUCACUUCAACAAAAUCAAAGAAUAAUAAAUUCAAUUACACCAAUUAAGCAGACAUUAAAUUGAUGCCUAUUAAGAGAAAAUAGAUGAAUUAAGAAACAUUUAAAGAAAUUUUUAGAAAAAAAAUACUAAUCUUUGUCAAAUUAAGAAAUCAAAAUCUUAAAAGAAUAAUGCUCUCCAGAGAGACAACUUGAUAAUUGCAAAUUUUAGUAAGGUUUAGUGAAUGAGAUAACUUAGAUGGAACAACUAGUUUAAUCUUUAGAAUUAAGAAAUAAGGAUUGCUUAAUAAAUGAAAAAAAAUCUAAAUUAAUAAGUAUUCUUAACGAUAUCUAUUUUAGAGUGUAUAAUGAAAUGGCUCUAUAUAGGAGGUUAUUGGGGCAUCUCAAUUAUUGUAAUUUAUCUAUAGAUUUAUGUUUUUAUAUUUGGGGGAUGUUUAUUAUAUGUGAUACAUAUCGAAUUAUUUAAGUAACUAAAGUUUGUUAUUAAGUGAAUGGCAACCCAAACAAAAUCAAACUUAUAUCGAAUUAAUCCAAAACUAAGCUCAGUAUUUUGACAUAGGUAAUAAAUUUAAUAUUGCUUAAGCUAAUGAUUUAUAUCUGAUGGAGAAUUAUGAAGAGUCUAUUAUUUAUUAUGAUAAGGCGAUACAUUUACAAUAGGGUAAUGCAUCCUCUUACUUUUAUAAAGGUAUUUGAUAUUAAUUAUUUAAAAGGAAAUGCUCUAACAAAAUUAAAAUUUUUUAAAGCAGCAGUUGCAAAUUAUAACAAAUAUUUAAAAAUAAAUUCUGAAAAAGAUGCUGUCUAUUUAAAUAAAGGUAUUUAUUGUAUCUCAAAACAGGAUACGCGCUAACUUAAAUGAAACUUUUCUAUUAAGCCAUCGAAUGUUAUGAUUUGGCAAUAAAAAUCAAUUUUCAUAAUGAUGAGGCCUACUACAAAAAGGUAAAUCAUAUUAAUAAUANAUAUUUCUUCUGUUUCAUAUUAUCUAAUAGGAUCUUAAUAGGCUUAAUGAAUAUGAGUAGAGAACAAUUUUGGCCAUUCCACUCUUAAUGGAAAAGUAAGAAAAAAUUCAUUAAAAACAUUUAUAGUUCUAUUUUCGUUAAUAAAAUUGAUGUUAUAAACGAGCUACACGUAUUUAAAAAAAUAAUUAAGAUAAGAAUAAAACAUUCUAAAUUUAUUCUCCAAUUCAAUGUUUAAUUCAUAAAAAGUUUAGAUUUGUUAACUUCACGAAUCUUAAAUUUGUAUAGGGUUUUGCGUUUCCAUAAAUUGUUCUUCAAAUUCUAUCUAUUGUUAAAAAUGUUUAGAACAAUUCCAUGAGGAUCAUAUAGACAGUUGCAGAGAAUUUGGACAAAUAACCAAAGAUUUAUCAAAUUCCAUCAAAUAAAAAGAGGAUCACUUCAACAAAAUCAAAGAAUAAUAAAUUCAAUUACACCAAUUAAGCAGACAUUAAAUUGAUGCCUAUUAAGAGAAAAUAGAUGAAUUAAGAAACAUUUAAAGAAAUUUUUAGAAAAAAAAUACUAAUCUUUGUCAAAUUAAGAAAUCAAAAUCUUAAAAGAAUAAUGCUCUCCAGAGAGACAACUUGAUAAUUGCAAAUUUUAGUAAGGUUUAGUGAAUGAGAUAACUUAGAUGGAACAACUAGUUUAAUCUUUAGAAUUAAGAAAUAAGGAUUGCUUAAUAAAUGAAAAAAAAUCUAAAUUAAUAAGUAUUCUUAACGAUAUCUAUUUUAGAGUGUAUAAUGAAAUGGCUCUAUAUAGGAGGUUAUUGGGGCAUCUCAAUUAUUGUAAUUUAUCUAUAGAUUUAUGUUUUUAUAUUUGGGGGAUGUUUAUUAUAUGUGAUACAUAUCGAAUUAUUUAAGUAACUAAAGUUUGUUAUUAAGUGAAUGGCAACCCAAACAAAAUCAAACUUAUAUCGAAUUAAUCCAAAACUAAGCUCAGUAUUUUGACAUAGGUAAUAAAUUUAAUAUUGCUUAAGCUAAUGAUUUAUAUCUGAUGGAGAAUUAUGAAGAGUCUAUUAUUUAUUAUGAUAAGGCGAUACAUUUACAAUAGGGUAAUGCAUCCUCUUACUUUUAUAAAGGUAUUUGAUAUUAAUUAUUUAAAAGGAAAUGCUCUAACAAAAUUAAAAUUUUUUAAAGCAGCAGUUGCAAAUUAUAACAAAUAUUUAAAAAUAAAUUCUGAAAAAGAUGCUGUCUAUUUAAAUAAAGGUAUUUAUUGUAUCUCAAAACAGGAUACGCGCUAACUUAAAUGAAACUUUUCUAUUAAGCCAUCGAAUGUUAUGAUUUGGCAAUAAAAAUCAAUUUUCAUAAUGAUGAGGCCUACUACAAAAAGGUAAAUCAUAUUAAUAAUAUCGUUAUAAAAUAAUAGGAAUUGUCUUACAUUAAGUUGAUCGUUAUCUCGAAGCUUUAGAUUCUUAUAAUAAAGCGAUCAAUAUAAAUUCUAAUAAUCAGCUCUAUUAUUUUAGUAAAGGUUAUGAAUUUCAACAUUAAUUUAGGGUUAACACUACAUAAACUUCAAGAAUAUUAUGAAGCUAUAUAAUCUUAUGACUUUGCUCUUCUAAUUUAAAUAAAUGAUGAAAUAUAAACACAUAAAAGUAUUAUUUCAUAAAUUUCAGAUAAUUCAUUAUUGA